GGCCACGGCGUUCCCGGGUCGGCUUCGGGCGCCGAUCGGAGCGGGCAGCGGGCUCCUGAGUCAUGGACUUCCCCUGGCCCCUCCUCUACCACUCCCACCGCCGCGCCGGGCCCCCCCGCAGGGGCUAGCGCUCGCGCGGCGGCUCCGAGGGGGUGGGGCUGCUGGGAAUGGCUGUGCCCCCUUCGGCUCCUCUGCCGUGCUCGCCCUUUUACCUGAGGCGGCAGGCGCCGUGCCCGCAGUGCUCAUGGGGCAUGGAGGAGAAGGCGGCGGCCAGCACGGGCUGCCGGGAGUCGCCAGGCGCCCCGAGGGCCGCCGCCGUCCCUUGCUUCGGCAUAUCCGUGGACCAGGACGACAUCCUCCCGGGCGCCCUGCGCCUCAUCCAGGAGCUGCGGCCGCAUUGGAAGCCCGAGCAAGUUCGGACCAAGCGCUUCACUGAUGGCAUCACCAACAAGCUGGUGGCCUGCUACGUGGAGGAGGACAUGCGGGACUGCGUGCUGGUCCGGGUGUACGGGGAGCGCACUGAGCUGCUGGUGGACCGGGAGAAUGAGGUCAGGAAUUUCCAGCUGCUGCGAGCACAUGGCUGCGCCCCCAAACUCUACUGCACCUUCCAGAAUGGGCUGUGCUAUGAGUACAUGAGGGGCAUGGCCCUGGGACCCGAGCACAUCCGGGAGCCCCGGCUCUUCAGGCUAAUCGCCCUAGAAAUGGCAAAGAUUCACACCAUCCACGCCAACGGCAGCCUGCCCAAGCCCACCCUCUGGCACAAGAUGCACAAUUAUUUCACCCUUGUGAAGAACGAGAUCAACCCCAGCCUUUCCGUAGAUGUCCCCAAGGUGGAGGUAUUGGAGCAGGAGCUGUCCUGGCUGAAGGAACACCUGUCGCAGCUGGACUCCCCGGUGGUGUUCUGUCACAACGACCUGCUUUGCAAGAAUAUCAUCUACGACAGCACCCAAGGCCACGUUCGGUUCAUUGACUAUGAGUACGCCGGUUACAACUACCAAGCUUUUGACAUUGGCAACCAUUUCAACGAGUUUGCAGGUGUGAAUGAGGUGGAUUACUGCCGCUACCCCGGCCGGGAGACCCAGCUGCAGUGGCUACACUACUACCUACAGGCACAGAAGGGCAUGGCUGUGACCCCCAGGGAGGUGGAGAGGCUCUACGUGCAAGUCAACAAGUUCGCCUUGGCAUCUCACUUCUUCUGGGCACUCUGGGCCCUCAUCCAGAACCAGUUCUCCACCAUCGACUUUGACUUCCUCAGGUACGCAGUGAUCCGGUUCCAUCAGUACUUCAAGGUGAAGCCUCAAGUGUCAGCCUUGGAGAUGCCAAAGUGACCAGCUUCCCCAUCUCUCCCUUACCCACCUGCCCGGCCAGACCCGUUCUCCGGGGCUCAGUCCUGCUCUGGGGUCCGCCCCCUUGGACAAGGUGGGAGAGGGGACAGGUGGGUGUCCAGGGAGAAGGCCCCACCCCUGCUGCCAGCCCCCGCCCUCACCCCAUGGAUAUUGCUGGAGACCACGUUCUUUUGUUUGGAGGGGCUGAUAGGACCCAGCUCUGGGGGUCCCCUUCAUGCCAGAUUUGGGGGUGGGGAAGUGCCUGCAGUCAGCCAGGGCCUGGACCACAACCACCCCUGGGAAGUCCGGUAUUCCUGGCCUCAGGCCACGCUGGAAUCGGGGCUGCCUUAGAUGUGUCUUCGACCUUCCUGGCUUGGGGAAAGGGGGAGGCGGGAGGGCUCCUUUCUACCUCCAGUGCCCUGAGCCUCCAGCCCAUCUCCCCCUGCACGCCCCACGUGGGAGGUGCUGAUGAGCCCAAACCAGCAUCAUGCCAACUCUGACAGAUGGAUGUAUAUAUCUGGGGGGAAUGAUCUAGAACUAGGGUUAACGGCUCCCCUAAAGCCGCCUCAUCCGAGAUCCCCUCCCUUUCUCCAAGCCAGAUCCAAUCAAACCACCCCUUCCCAAACCUCUGCCCCAGGACCUGUGUUCCCCUCCCCUCCCCUUUUUGCUCUGUGCUUGUGUUCUGUCGCUCUGCCACCUGCUGGGAGGGAAGGCAAGGGAGUGGUGCCCUCCUGGGCCUCCAGAGCCCAGCUCUGCUUUGUGCUUGGCUCGAGUAGGGUGGCCACCGUGGCCAGCAGCUUCCCACCUCGUUCCCUUCCCUGCCCCCCAGGCCCUCGUUUCCAAGGAUCUGUCUCUCCCUCUUCACCUUUUGUCCUGAAGUUGGCCCAAAGAUUUCCCGCUAGGAAAUGAGUAGUGGGAGUCAAGGGGGCCGGGCUAGGGACUUUGGGGUUCGCUGGGCGGCCAAGAGCCUGGGUGGGAUGGGUCAUGAAGGUGCUGAGCUGCCGGUCCUGGUCCCCGACUCUCUCGACGGCCUCCACCUCCUCUCUGCCCUCACAGCCUCCAGGCUCUGGCCUAGAAAAGUGAUUCAUUUGUAAAUUAUCAUGGUUUUCUGCAUUAAAAUGGCCAUUUCUGGA